AUGCAUGUACCACUACUACUAGGUUACAACCACACUUGCAGGCCCAACUGUAGUAACUACCCUCUUCAGACAUGUAGUGAUGUCUGCGGUGUAGUGGCGGUUGUUUGUGCAAUUGUUGCUGCUCUGGACAACCACCUGUUUCAAGAACUAACAGGACCUCGUUCGGGACUAAGACGGCUCCUUCAUGAACCAACCAGAUACCAGCACUACCUUAGGAGAGUGCUGAUGUUUUGGUUCAUGGAUGGUGCCAUUGACAUUGCUUUCUUACAAACCCAGACCUAUGAACACACUUCACACUGGCAUUCAGCAUGCAACCAAAACUUCACAGCACAUUCAAACAAGCACACACAGGACCACACGUACUGUGGAGAUCCCCAGUUAAGACGCAAAAGAAGAGCGACAACAAAGCACACACAGACACAAAGCGCCAAAAUUGUGGCAACCAAACCCAGUUCAAAAUGUCAGCACCAAGCAAAGGUAACCAAGCAGGGCACAAACACGCAGACCAUCAGUCCCACAGGUGAUAACUCCAAGCAGUCACACUCACAGCCUACCCUCAGCAAUGCCCAACAGUUAAAGCAACAGGGCUCAAACAGGCAGACCAUCAGUCCCACAGGUGAUAACUCCAAGCAGUCACACUCACAGCCUACCCUCAGCAAUGCCCAACAGUUAAAGCAACAGGGCUCAAACAGGCAGACCAUCAGUCCCACAGGUGAUAACUCCAAGCAGUCACACUCACAGCCUACCCUCAGCAAUGCCCAACAGUUAAAGCAACAGGGCUCAAACAGGCAGACCAUCAGUCCCACAGGUGAUAACUCCAAGCAGUCACACUCACAGCCUACCCUCAGCAAUGCCCAACAGUUAAAGCAACAGGGCUCAAACAGGCAGACCAUCAGUCCCACAGGUGAUAACUCCAAGCAGUCACACUCACAGCCUACCCUCAGCAAUGCCCAACAGUUAAAGCAACAGGGCACAAACACGCAGACCAUCAGUCACACAGGUGAUAACUCCAAGCAGUCACACUCACAGCCUACCCUCAGCAAUGCCCAACAGUUAAAGCAACAGGGUACAAACACGCAGACCAUCAGUCCCACAGGUGAUAACUCCAAGCAGUCACACUCACAGCCUACCCUCAGCAAUGCCCAACAGUUAAAGCAACAGGGCACAAACACGCACACCAUCAGUCCCACAGGGCACAACAUAAAAGAAAAACACUCAAAACUAACACUGCUCAUUUGCUAA